AUGGACUACGACUCAUUCGACGCUGUUUUACACUGGAUUUUCCGAGCGACCCAAGGAGACGCCUGGUUUAAACCCUCAGAGGAGAACAUCUCUGCGGGAGUCUGCUUAAGAGUGGACCCAGGCCAAUUUCGUGUCUUCCCUUACGAGAACCCUUUCUUGGCACCGUUUGAGGCUGCCGUCCGCGGUCUGAACCCCCUCGUUGCUGUCAAAGUCCGAAGCGCUGCUGUUCACUCUGCGUUGGCUACUGUUGCAGAAGAUGCUUUGGCUAUCUACAUUGAUGCGAACACUCGUAUUCAAAUCCUCGAGACUGUAAGCCACCUUCCCAAGGCCGAGAAAGAGCAAUGUGGCGCUUUCCUUCGUGACGAACGAGUCCUCAUCGUGUGGUCCGACGACCUUGACCACAUUGUCCCAUUAUGCAAUGAAUUUGACGAGAAGCUUAUGAAGCUGGUGUGGCAAUCGCGCAGCAUGGUCGCCAGCCCAUCCUUCAUCACCUCAAUCAACACAUCCUCCGCUCCUUCAGCGACUGCCUCCGACGUUAAUCUCAACGAGAAAGCCGCUAUUGCAUCUGACGGCGUCAUGAAAGCCGCAACCAAGAUGGAGAAUGCCACCGCUGAAAACGAGGCGCCACAGCCUGAACGUAAAUUUUGGAGUUGGAAAUUAUCAUCAAAAAAAUCCUCAGCCAAGACCUUAAGUGAUCCUGAAAAAGGCUCUGCUGGCCCGCAGGCCCGACCUAUCCGCCUCUUUGCACCGGUCUACGGAGGGUUAGGGUGCGCUCUCUCAAUCUUCUUCAUCGCCAGCGGUCUGUCGAUUUUACUACAAGAAUUUAGAUUGGAUCAUAGCUACAUGCGGUUCGCUCUCCUCGCCGCCACCCCAUUUCUUCUUUGUGUAUCAUUGUUCUUCUCGUCGCAAAUUGUGGCGAAUUUGUCGUUUGUUAUUGGACCUGUUGCUCAGUAUCACGAAAACUCUCGUUACUAUUCCGCUGUCAAACCCGAACCAAAUCGUGAAGUCGAUUCAAAACUUCCCCACAUAACUGUCGAACUACCAGUGUACAAGGAAAGUUUGGAAGAGACUAUCGCACCUUCCGUCUUCUCUCUCAAGAGAGCAAUGCAAACGUAUGCAAGGCAAGGGGGCACAUCGGCUAUCUUCGUCCACGACGAUGGUUUGCAAUCUAUGAGCGAAGAGGAGAAGGAGAAGCGUAUCUCUUUCUAUGCUGAUCAUAACAUUGGCUGGGUCGCUCGUCCACCUCAUUCCAACGAUCCAGAUGGUUACAAACGUGCUGGACGCUUCAAGAAGGCUUCUAAUAUGAACUAUGGCCUCCAGCUAUCUUUAUCCGUGGAGAAGCACAUCCUUGCUUUAGAGGCCGCAGAUGAAAGUACCGACGAAGUUGACGGUGAGAAGUCGUUGGAGGAGAGGGCGCUGGAUCUUGCCAUCGAAGAGAUUUAUCAAGCGAAUGGCCAGAAGUGGAAACCGUGGGCCAGCAAUGCUAGAUCACUCCGAAUUGGUGACAUCAUAUUAAUUGUGGACUCUGAUACAACCGUUCCAGAGGAUUGCUUCAGGGAUGCCGCUCGCGAGUUGGCUGAAUGCCCUGAAGUGGGCAUCAUCCAACAUGAAUCCGACGUAAUGCAAGUUGCACACCACUACUUCGAGAAUGGCAUUGCCCAUUUUACACGCCGGAUCAACAAGUGUAUCUCGAUGGGAUGUGCGAACGGAGAAGUAGCGCCCUUCGUUGGACACAAUGCUUUCCUUCGGUGGUCUGCCUUGCAAGACGCUGCGUUCGUUGACACAGACGGUGUUGAGAAAAUCUGGUCUGAAUCCAAUGUAUCUGAGGACUUUGAUAUGGCUUUGCGCCUCCAGUUGAAAGGGUAUAUUAUUCGAUGGGCCGCCUACUCUGAAGGCGGUUUCAAAGAAGGUGUAUCACUCACCGUGGAUGAUGAACUUAAUCGAUGGCAAAAGUAUUCAUAUGGUUGCAAUGAACUUAUCUUCAAUCCGCUCAUUGACUGGUGGAGACUGGGGCCUAUCACGAAACAACUGCGAACUUUCUUGUGGUCGAACGCACCUGUCCAUUACAAAAUCAGCAUGAUGUCCUACAUGUUCUCUUACUACGGCAUUGCCGCUUCCGCUGUGCUUUCCGUACUCAACUACCUCCUUUUGGGCUUUGCGUAUGAGGUCGACGGCUUCUACUUGCAUAGCUUCGAAAUCUGGCUCGCCUGCACGGUCGUCUUUCCUGGGGCUGGAAAUCUCGGUUUCACGUUGCUGGAAUACCGUCUUGGCCAGCGGGACAUUUUCUCCUCCUUCAUCGAGAAUAUCACAUGGAUUCCCUUCUUCAUGUUUUUCUUCGGAGGCUUGAGCAUCCACCUAUCGACCGCCCUCCUUGCCCACGUUUUCUCUUACAACAUCACCUGGGGUGCUACCAAAAAGGAGGUGGAAAGGUCGAACUUUUGGAUUGAGGUUCCCAGAAUCGUUAAACGUUUUUGGCUAGCCCUUGGACUGGGUUUUGCCAUUAUCGUUGGGAUGAUUAUCCUCUCGACUUCCCUGGUCCCUCCUGGCUGGCGAAUUCCCGGAUUAGACUGGGCCGUGAUUUUGCCCCUAGCAAUCGUUGCUGGAGGCCAUGUUCUGUUUCCUAUUGUUCUCAACCCCUGGCUAAUGAUCUUUUCGUAUUGA